GACCGCUAUAUUCCUAAUUCCACACAAGCAUCUGCUUCAGUGUUUCGUGUGUCAGGGUGUGUUUGUGUGAGAUGGCUAACGGGGAGCGGGUGGUUCUGGCGCUCGGUGGAGCAGGUACAGUGGGAUCAGGACUGGUCAAGGCACUCCUGGAUAGAGGUUUAAAGGUUGCUGUGAUCUCCAGAGACAAUGCUAAACUAGAGAAGCUCAGAGAGUUUGUUUCACCCAAUACCAGAGCCAACCUGACCACUCUGGUGGGAAAUGUUGGCUCUGAGGAGGGAGCUGAAAAGGUAAAACAGGCUUUGUUACAAUCGGUGGGGAGGAUCACAGAUGUGGUGUCAUCUCUGGGCUUCAGCUGGUGGCAAGGAGGACCACCACACACCCAGCCUCUAAAAGAACUUCAGUGGGUUCUUGAGACACUGCUGUUUAGCACCUUUGUGUCAUGGAAAACAUUUUUUCCCCUGGUGAGAGACGACCCAAACUGCACCUACACAUUUAUUACAGGGGGUGCUGGGGAGAAACUACUGAUGCCAGGCACAGGAUUCUUGACCGUGGGGGCAGCCAGCGUCCUUGCAUUUUGUCAGGUUCUGCGAGAGGAGUACCCUAAGAUUUCCUGCAAACUUAACCAGAUCAAGAUCAACGCUGGUGUUGGAACCCCAGAACGGAUGGGACCUGGGUACAUAAAUCACGUGGAGUUAGGUGAAGCUGUGGCUACACUGGUGGAGAAAAGGAACCUCUCUCACAGAGUCUUCUCCAUCAACAGCCCUGCUGACCUCAAAACAGUCAUCCUGGAAUGAAAUCUAUAGACCCCCGUUAACAUUUUCAAUACUUAAAGCUCUUUUAGAUUCUCAGAAAUAUAGCACAAUGGUUAUAAUCACUUAUACAGU